CCGCUGAAGGAGACGCGCGUGUGAAUGAAUUCCUCAGUGUUCAUUAAAGUGAUCGAUGAAUAUUAAUAAGUAUAUCUGGACGCGCUGAAGAUGGAGAGCGAUAUUCUGGACAUCCUGGAGCAGCUUGGGUAUGACGGGCCGCUGACGGAGGAGGCGUGUCUGCUGGCCGAGUGUGGGCGGGGCUUCAGCUCAUCUGAAUAUGUUAAUUUGCUGACGUGGCUCACAAAACAACUGACGCAAUUCACUGAGACACACACACAGGACAAGAUCAUCACAGCAGAUCCUCUAGAGGUGAGCCGGCUGCUCAAGGACUGCUGCUGUCCAUAUGAAGGACUGGCCUCUCGAUUAGCCAAUGGGGACGUGAAGGACACCAGAGACCAUCUCAAGAUCAUCUUGUUUGUGUCGUCAGAGCUUCAGUCGGCUCAGCUGCAGCUCAGUAAAACACUCAGAGAUGCAGAAGAGCAGGAGAUGCGCUCGUCUCUGCAGGAUCUCUCCGUCAUCUGUCACACACUCACACUGCCGGAUCCGGCCGGACGAGACGCAACACACACCUUUACAGACAUCCAGACGCAGGUGAAUGCUCUGCUGGAGAAGCUUCCAGAGACGCACAUCGGAGCUCCAGCGCUGGAGAGAAGCAUCAGUGCAGAGCGAUGGGAGGAGCUGGAGAAGAUCAACAGCACUCUGUCGGCGGAGUACGAGUGCCGGCGGCGGAUGCUCAUCAAACGCCUCGACGUCACCGUUCAGUCCUUCAGCUGGUCAGACAGAGCCAAGGUGAAGAUUGAUCAGAUGGCGCGGGCGUAUCAGCCCAAGAGAUACGCUCUGUCCGUCAGGUCGAGCGUGAGUUUGGCUCAUCUGCUGGCGGCGCGGAGAGACAUCUGCAAUAUGGUGAAGACCAGCAGCGGAUCCAGCCGCCAGAACACCAGCUGCGCCGUCAACAGGAUCCUGAUGGGUCGAGUUCCUGACCGCGGCGGGCGUCCGUCUGAGAUCCAGGCUCCUGCCCCGGAGAUGCCCACUUGGAGGAAGAGAUCCGAUGGAGGAGGGCGAGGGGCAGGACAUAGAGGAGGAGGAUGGCAGACGGGUGGAGGAGACGGCUGGAGGACGGGAAGAUGGAGUCGAGGAGGACGAGGAGGAGGACACUACUAUCACUGACUACCAAACAGCAGAGACACUGGAGGAAACUCUUUUUAAAGUAGCGUGUGUUUGAUUCCUUUAGCUAUUUAACUUGUACAUGAUCAGACUAGACCAUGGAGACGAUGAAGAAUAAAGACAUGAAACACUAUUAGUGAAUAUAUAUUUGUGCUGCAAUGCUGAAAUCACACAACUCACGACAGAUGCAUGAAAUCGGAUGCAGUUCGGUGCCGUUUGAAGCGAGCGAUAAUCUCAUGGUGUGGAUUGUUACAAAUCACAAUGGAGAGAAUCGCCUGUGAAAUAUUUGGCUUGCUAAAUCUGUGGAGCUGUGGGAGAUUCACAAUCCUGCUGAGUGAAUAUGAGCUCUGACUGAAAAACACAUCAGCUAUGACCGACAGCCAAUCACAGAGCUGAUCACACUUCAACCCAUUUCUGGGUGUAUUAUAGACUGAACCAAUUGCUGGGUUAACUUUUUAAAAUUAAAUUUAUAUGACCAAAUUUAACCCAAUGUUUGAGUUUGUCCAUAUUUUACCCAAUUUGGUUUUAGAUUACCCAGCAUUUAUCAACACCAAGCCAAGCAGUGAUUGCCCUGAGCUGAGCAGCACAAUAGUAAGGUGUGUUUUUCUUUGCAUGACGCACUGUAAGUAUUUUUAGUCUUAUUCUUGGUCUUUUCUUUUCCCAAACUAACUUUGAAAUCAAAUUGAUCAUUUCUUAAACGCUUCCCAAACAGGAAGACAUUGGAAUAGGAAGAAAAGCAGCUUCAGCAUCUCUCGUGGUCAUAAUUAAACCAUACUAACAGCAGAAACUCUUAUUAGUGCUGUAGAAUAGUCUGUCUUCAGGUGGUGAAUGUUUGUUGCUUCAAAAAUUGACUCGGGAAGCCAGAGCUAUAUUGACAGAACUGGACUGAUAUGAUCAUAGUGCUGCGUUUAGGACCAGCUGGAGUUUAUUUACUGCAGGGUUUAACAGAUCGUUCAAUUAGCAAAAUUAACAGCAGCACAUUUACUUAUCCAGGUGCAUUCAAUAUAGAAUCAAAUAAUCACAACAAACCAAGUGUAUAAUUAUGAUUU